UUCUGACGUGCAGAAACCUUAACAGGGCCAAGAUUAUUUGCAGGCGCAGACAGUUAACUGAUACAACACUUUCGUAGUAAAGGCAUUAACAGCGCGAUUACCAUCAACGUGGAAGCAUUCCAUCUUUCCUUCCUUACCCCAAUGUGGAGGUCUGCAGGGCUCAGGUCAUUAACAGGGAGGGAGUGACUGCCAUCUCACGUCCCAUGAGCAUUUUGUGGGGCACAGGCUUGGUUUGUCUGGAUCUCUGUGUCACUAGUGCUUGAGUCAUGGACCACCCCAGAGAGAAGGAGGGUGAGAGGCCAGUGAGGAGCAGUAAAGUGGCACAGGGACGCAGCGGCCACUCCCGGCCCUCCAGCUCCUCCGCAUCUUCUGGCGUCCUCAUGGUGGGACCAAACUUUCGUGUGGGCAAGAAGAUUGGCUGUGGCAACUUUGGAGAACUCAAACUUGGGAAAAACCUUUAUACCAAUGAAUAUGUCGCCAUUAAAUUGGAACCUGUGAAAUCCAGGGCACCGCAGCUGCAUUUGGAGUACCGGUUCUACAAAACCUUGGGCAGCACAGCGGAAGGCCUGCCCCAGGUGUACUAUUUUGGGCCCUGUGGGAAAUACAAUGCCAUGGUUUUGGAGCUGCUGGGACCCAGUCUGGAGGAUCUGUUUGACCUGUGUGACCGGACGUUCUCUCUUAAGACUGUCUUAAUGAUAGCCAUUCAGCUGAUAUCCAGGAUGGAGUAUGUGCAUUCGAAGAACCUCAUCUACAGGGAUGUGAAACCAGAAAACUUUCUCAUUGGGCGACAAGGGAGCAAGAAGGAGCACAUUAUUCACAUCAUUGACUUUGGCUUGGCCAAAGAAUACAUUGACCCUGAAACCAAAAAACACAUUCCUUACCGGGAGCACAAGAGCCUAACGGGCACAGCUCGAUACAUGUCCAUUAACACACACCUGGGGAAGGAGCAAAGCCGGCGAGAUGACCUUGAAGCCUUAGGUCACAUGUUCAUGUAUUUUCUUAGAGGGAGUCUCCCUUGGCAAGGACUAAAGGCCGACACAUUGAAAGAACGAUACCAGAAGAUUGGUGACACAAAACGGAACACACCCAUAGAGGUUCUCUGUGAGAGUUUUCCAGAAGAAAUGGCCACCUAUUUGCGCUAUGUGAGACGGUUGGACUUCUUUGAGAAACCUGAUUACGAGUACUUGAGGACCUUGUUCACAGAACUGUUUGAGCGGAAAGGAUAUACUUUUGAUUAUACCUACGACUGGGUUGGCAGGCAGAUUCCCACACCAGUGGGGUCCGUCCAUGUAGAUUCAGGAGCAUCAGCCAUCACACGAGAGAGCCACACACAUAGAGACAGACCCUCCCAGCACCAGCCCCUGCGUAACCAGACGGCCGUGUCCGACCGCAGAGGAGCGUGGGAGGUGCAGCCCAAUCGGCAGACAAACUCCUCCUACCUGACCUCCCACCUGGCAGCGGACAGGCAUGGGGGUUCAGUGCAGGUGGUCAGCUCGACUAAUGGGGAACUCAAUGCAGAUGACCCGCUGGCAGCCCACUCCAACGCACCAAUCACAGCACAGGCAGAGGUGGAAGUGGUGGAUGAGGCUAACUGCGUGAAAAUGCUCAACCUGUGGUGCUGCUGCUUCUUUAAGAGGAAGAGGAAGAAGAACACCCCUCGGCACAAAUGAUCUCCUCACUCCUUUUUCACCUGCUCCAUUCUUUUCCCUUGUUUUUUUGGAGUUAAGAAAAUUUCAAAAGAAGACAACAGAAAGUCUUCCGAGUGAAUCACCUCGGAGGGCCCUGCAUAUUAAAGAGAGUGAAGAGAAAUACACA